GCAAUAAAACGAUCACGUUGCAUCGGACACCACACACGCUGAAUGGAAAUAAAAAAAUAGUGUCAAACAACGAGUAAUUUUUAUUGUUGUUUUGUUCGCAGGCGUACCGGCAUUAAACACUUAUACAAAAUCGCCCAUAUCGUUUAAUUUCGGUGACAUUAGCGACAGCUACACAAUAUGCAUACGCUUUGCAUAAUUCAUUAGCAUUGUUUGCAUGUUUGCAUUGACAUUGACUAUUGUGCGUACGAAUAUCGCACACACAUUACAUUCUUUGUGACGUCAUAAGAUUGUGUUCAAAGUGGUUUGUUGGGACGAAAAACUUGUGAUUGCUAUUUUCUGAAUUUGUUUGUUGCUGUUUUGCCGUGUAAAAUCAGGUUUUGACGCAGAAAAUUACAUAAAAAUGGGCAAUUCACUAACAAAGUGUUGUGACAAAGAAAGUGCGCCAGACAAGAAGAAACUCGAAGAAACGGAGGUGGCGUAUACACCAAGCGAUGGCACACCGAAUGGCUAUCCGAAGAAAUCCAUUACUAUCAAGGAAGCUGAAGAGUCGAAAAUUGACGUCGUUGAUAGUACAAGCAUCGAUCCACUGCCAAUGCCUCAAUUUGACACUCCAGAUACGAUUGAGGCAAAGUGGGACGAUCAAUUCAGCCCAAACCAUUACUACAAAAUGAACCACAAAAAACGCGGCCUAGCAUUGAUUUUCAACCAUGAAGUAUUCGACUGUAACACUCCGCGAAAAGGCACACGAGCCGAUCGUGAUAAUUUGCAUAAAACACUCGAAGCGCUGGAUUUUGAUGUGGAAAUCUUUGAAAACGAGUCCAUUUCCGACAUUAAAGGCAUUCUUGAAGAAAUUGCUGCCAAAGAUCACUCGGAUAGUGAUUGUUUGAUGAUCGUCGUUUUAACACACGGUGACCAAGUGCCAUUGGUUGGUAGUCGAAACUUUCGAGGUCAAUUAUUAUCGACCAUUUUAGCGCAUGACCUUGUCAGCUAUUUGCAUGCAUCGGACAAUAAAUAUCCAUUGCAAAAGAUUUGGGAGCAUUUCACGGAUGAUAAAUGUCCCAGCCUGGCCAAUAAACCGAAAAUUUUUUUGAUCCAAGCGUGCCAAGGUAAAGCGACCGACGAAGGGUAUGGUGUGUCAACGCAAAACUAUAGCUCGAUAUACCGACGACGAGCACCUGGACAGGAUAGUAAUCCGUUUUCGACGACCAAAUACAAGACAUUCGAAUCCGUACAACUUGACAAAAAGAAACGGCCACAAAAGGACUAUUUAAUUGUAUACUCCACAAUGCCGGGCCAUGUAUCGUAUCGAGACACUGAAAACGGCACUUGGUUCAUUGAAAGUCUCUGUAAAGUACUCAACGAGAAAAAACAUGAACUGGACUUAUUUCAAAUGCUUACUUUAGUCAAUCAGAAGGUGGCUGUUGAUUAUCAAUCGGAAGAUGCUUACAAACAAAUGCCGUGCAUUGUAUCAAUGCUCACGAAAUUGAUUAUGUUCCCGAAAAAGAAACCACUUACCAAUGGAUUUUAGAGGAAAAAACCGAUUGUAUUUUAAGAAACGAUUAGAUCUGUUUGAAUCCGUGCAUUUUAUCCACUUUUUGCAUUUAAAAUUAGCCUGUAUUUUAUUUUUAAACUUUAGUCAUUCGUCCGAACAAAGGUGCGGUCGCAUUUUUUUGACACUAUUCAAUCGCUCACGAUGAGAUUUUUUUCUUCUUUAAUUGUCAAACUAUAAACUAAUGCUUAAAAAUUCAAUAUACUACUUUGUAAAUACUCUAUGAUUAAGAGGAGUAUAUUUUAUUAGAGAAAAGAUUUAUUUUCCAUUUUACACAUUCGAACAACGAACAGAUAUUUUUAUAUCGCUUAAGACUUAUUGCAAUUUUAAACAUCCACAAUUGACAUUAUUUUUUAUGCAUUUAUUAAUUGUGCAUUUAGCUAUUUUUUUACAAUUUACAUUUCGUUUUGCUAAACGAUCUACAUUUAUUUUAGUCCUAUUGAAGCUAAUGUUUUGUUCGGAUUAUGGCAUCCUAGAUAAAUCUUAUCCUAGGUAAGGUAAAUUCAAAAUAGCAGAUUCAAAUCCAUGAGCUAUUGUAAAAAUAGUAAUGAGCUUACUUUUAAAAUUAGCGAUGAAUUGACAUUAUAUUAUUGUAGUCGAUAUGCCAAACAUCGUAUCACAAUUGAACCGUUGCGACAAAAAACCUGAUUCUACCACUUCAAUUUCUUUGCGUUGUGGUAAAAUUCCAUACAAAACAUACAAGUGAGCGUAGUCAACGCUUUAUCACUUUGGUUAUUAACGUCUGGACUGUAAUGAUCGGCAGUUGUGCAAGAUUCAAAUGGAAUUGGAAUGAUGGAUUCCUGAAGAAAUUGUUUUUAUUGAAAUUAUGUAUAGGUAUAUUUAAUAUACCUGAAAAAAUGAAAUCAAAAUCACAAAAAAUUAAUUAUUUGAUUCAAAUAGGAUGAGCAUUUUAUUAGUAUUAGUUUUAGCAUAAAUCCAAAUUUAUUUAGAAAACAUUUUUUUGUAACUAAUCAAAAUUUAGCCCAUCCUAGCGAAACUUGUAAUAAUCCUCGCCAUACGCAUAAUUUUAUUAUUGUAAUCAAUUGCUAAUUAGUGUUAUUUCACGUAUUCAUGUUGUUGCCGUAGAGAUUAGAAUGAAAAAAAAAAUAUGAAAACGAAAAUAAAGGUUUAGAAAAAAAUAUAAAAGUAGAAUAAAUAAACUUGUAUAUAAAAAUCGA